AUGACGGCCACCCCUGACUACUUCCACUGUAUCAGGGAGCCGCGGUUUCGCGCCAAUGUGUACGAGCCGGAGGCCGACACGUUUUUGUUGCUUGAGACGCUUGACAAGGACGCGGACCUGCUCCGCGCACUGCGGCCGCGUCGCUGCGUGGAGAUUGGCUGCGGCUCGGGGACUGUAAUUACUCACCUGCAACUCGUGUUGGCUGGUGCCUCGGGGGGCGCGAGUGGGGCACAGGAGGAGCGGCGAUUGAGCAGCAACAGCGGCAGCGCGUGGCGAGUACAGUGCCACGCAGUCGACAUAAAUCCCGUGGCGUUGGAGGCAACUAGUAUUACAUGGAGAACGUCGCUGCAGCGUCUAUGGGGCGCUGCGGCUCCUCCGCUGCAGCUUCACCAUGGGGACCUGUUUGCCCCUUUCCAGCGUGACUGCACAGAGGGCCGGCGGGCGGCAGCGGCCGCAGACUUCGACGUAAUUCUUUUCAACCCGCCGUACGUUCCAACCAGCGCAGAAGAGCUGGAGAGUGCAGGGAAGGAGGGGAGCUUCAUUGCGGCAGCGUGGUGCGGCGGCCCACGCGGAAGGGUGGUGGUGGAUCGGUUUGUUGCUCAGCUCCCCCGUUUCCUCUCCGCCGGCGGCGUCUGCUACAUUGUUGCGAUUGCCCAGAAUGACGUGCCCGGGCUGAUGGAGACGAUUCGCGCCGCCUUCGCGGGGGCGGCACAAGCCGCUGCCGAGGCCGUGGUGGAGGUCGCGGUUGCCGCAGAACGGUACACCGGGGAACAGUUGAAGGUGAUCCGAGUGCAGCGGGGGGCCCGGCACAAUUCCUGA